ACUACCCGUUACGCUAAAUCGAGCAUUAGACGAUAGGUCUAUGUUGUUUACAACGUUGAGUAGGGCAUUCUGUACUCGAGUGAGGGAGAGAUCAAAGGUCUUCCUUGUGACUGGGCUCCCUUACGCAACCAUGGCUAGCAGUGCUGAAUCCUGGAAAACUGCUUCCUCUAUAUAUGAGUUCACUUGUAAGGACAUAGAUGGCAAUGAGGUAUCUCUUGAAAAAUACAGAGGCCAUGUUGUUCUCAUCGUAAAUGUAGCCUCUAAUUGAGGGUUCACAGACAAGAACUACACUCAGCUACAAGAAUUGCACGCUAAGUAUGCUGAGAGUAAGGGCUUGAGGAUCCUUGGAUUUCCUUGUAACCAGUUUAAUGGACAGGAACCAGGAACAAACGAAGACAUAAAGAAAUUUGCCACAGAGAAAUACAGUGUCCAGUUUGACAUGUUUGCCAAGAUUGAUGUCAAUGGCAAAAAGGCGGACCCUUUGUAUAACUACCUGAAGAAAAAGCAAGGAGGAACUCUUGGAGAUUUUAUCAAGUGGAACUUUACCAAGUUCCUUGUCAACAAGGAAGGAAUCCCGGUGAAGAGAUAUUCCCCUAGUGACGAACCCUUUAAAGUUGCAAAGGAUUUUGAAAAGUAUUGGUAGAAGUGAAACAUAAAAGAAUUAGUGGAGAUUUCACUUAGAUAGCCCUGCCUCAGUUGAUGCUCCUGUAAGAACACUUUGGAAAAUAGUAUUGUAAGGUAUAAGAUAAAUGUUUCAGUCAAGGCGUCAUGGAAAAACUUUGGGGGGAGGGGGAGCACUGGAACCUAGUUUUCUAUUUAAAAUAAAGUUGUCUCAUUGUUGUGAUGUAGGAACGUAGAAUUCCUUUUUGAGACUUUUUGUUACAAUAUCACCCACUCCUGACCUUGACUUUUGAUUGUUUAAGUUGUCACCAUGGUGACACAGACUGUAUGACGACUUCUUCUGAAACUGUUCUCAGUGGGAGAAGUCUGAGCUUUAACAAGCGUGCACCCCUGUCUGAUGUUGCCAUGGAGAUAUCCACUACAUUGUAAGGUCAAGGUCAUGAUAUGAACUUAUAGGUCACCUGUUAAAUGUGCAUUUUUUUUUUUAAAUUCUGUUGGUUUAUCUUUUGUUUUUGUGAUACAUGUAUUGCCUAGUCAGAUAUGUCAAGGAAUGUUCAAUCAAGUCACCUUCUGAUAAAAUCCAGUGUUUUUGUGGUCUACAGCUUUUUAUAUUCCGUUGUCUUAUACUCGAUAAGCCCUGUAGUUUUGUAAAAAUAGACAUUGUGCAUUCCAUAUCUGUUCUACGAGACCUACCUAUAUAUAAAUAUAUAUUUACUUAGAGUAUAUAUAUAUGUUAUGUAUUAAGAAACAUAUCAAAGAUACUUGUACCUGAUGAGAAACUUGCCAAAAACCAGUAACCUUUUUAUCUGAUCAUUUAUUUCCCACAAUUAAUUUACUUAAGAAGAAUUUCUCAUUAGAUAAAAACACUGGGAUGAUAUGAGGAUAUACAUUAUGUUGUAUUCUUUAUUUUAUUUAUUAAUGUUUUCAAAAAUAAACUGAUGAUAACAACUGAAUGAUGUGUCAGACUGGAAAUAGGAUAUAUGUUUAUGUAUCAAGUCUUCAUAUAAUUCUGUACUGUUAUGAUACAGGGAUUUUGUUUUCAUAUUUGUAUAUUAUAAAACAAACAAAAUAAAAAUAAUCCAGCAAUGAUGUCACAUUGAUCUGAUUCUAACAUCACAUAUCCUUGUACAUGUAUUGCUCCCCGCUAAUGUCCUUAGCUUUUCUGUCAAAUCAUCGUACUGUAACCAGUAUACUGCCAUGCUUCCAUACAUUGAGAUGUCUAUUCCUGCUUUGGUCAGAUAUAGGUGCUUUUAAUGGUUGUUGACAUAUUAUUCAGUAAUCCUUGUUUGUAUUAUUUCCUAUUAUGUCAGAGUUACCCGUCUCCUGAUUUUGCCAUGUGUAUAUUUUUUUUAUAUGAAGGCAUACUUAGUAUGUGUUUCUGUUGAACAGCAUUUUUGAUAUGUGUAUAAUACUCUUAAACCUGUAUUGACAGUGAAAUCAUACAAUGGAUUAGUUAGAUUUUUUAACUUGUGAGCAAAAAUCUUAAAUAGAUACCACUACUUGUACACUUACGUUACAUUUGUAUGAACAUAAACUGUGUUGGUAUUGUUCAGUGUUGUAUGAAAAUAAUAUUUAGUUUCCUCUGCAGCUAAAACACUUGUUCUAGGUGAAGAUUUUGUUUAGGUUAUUAUAACAAAAAUUAUUGUGAACAUUUUGGCUCUUAGCCAGAUGUUAUUACACAAAGCUUCCACCAUCAAGGAACAAAUGUUUUGGACUAGAGUGUAGCAAAGUCAUCAGAUAUUUUUCUUACAUAAUUAAGUUCAGAUACUAGAAAAGCUCGUGGUGUUUGCUAGUUCUUACUUUACACCUAAUCAAGUUCAGAGACUAGACAAGCUCGUGGUGUUUGCUAGUUCUUACUUUACACAUAAUCAAGUUCAGAUACUAGACAAACUCAUGGUGUCCGUUAGUUCUUACUUUACACAUAAUCAAGUUCAGAUACUAGACAAACUCAUGGUGUUUGUUAGUUUUUACUUUACACAUAAUCAAGUUCAGAUACUAGACAAACUCAUGGUGUUCGUUAGUUUUUACUUUACACAAACAUAAUUCAUGUUUUUUUUUUUCUCUCUCUUUCUUUCAUAGUUAUUUCCAAGUCGGAUCCUUCAUUCUGGCUCUUUGAAUAUGUACUAUACAUAUUUAUUGCCUUUUCUUGUUCUGUCCACUGUGUCUGGUAAAUCAGCAGUUUUAACAUUAUACAUGUAUACAAAUUUGUUUUGUCUAGUGUAGAUAAGAGUACUUUGACUUCAAAUAGUAAAUCAGCAACCUAAGUCUAGUGUGCAUUUUUACAAACUGCGCAAUGUAACAUAUUAUACUGCACAGUGCAUAUAUACAGAGUGAAGAUUUCAGACCUAUUGGACAAUAUCAGUGGAUUGUGUAAUAGAUAUAGAUAAUGAUAGACCUAUAGAACAAUAUCAGUGGAUUGUGUAAUAGAUUAUGGUAGAUCUGCUGGGACAUGGUGACUAGGAAAGAGUAUGCAAACAUUUAACUCAUUUGUGUAAAGAUUACUAAAAAAUAUUCAACAUAAAGCUGGUUGUGAGGAUUGACAACAUUAAAUUGGAAAUGACUGUUUAAUAUGUGAAAGAAACUAAAUGUAUAAGGCAACUCUCUGUACCUUACAUUUCACAUUCUUACUUCUGUAUUUUAGUUUAGGUAAUACUUGAUAAUAAUAUAAUACACUACCUAUUUAAGAUAAUCAUGUUUUUCAGAUUCAUGAAUUAUUGAUGUCCAAACUCUGUGCUCCAACAUUGUUUAUAUGCCAACCUGAAUACUGUACAAGAGAAUUUUACUAAUAAACUUACUAAAAAACAUAUAAUUUAACAAAUAAUUUUGACUUUUAAGCUUGUGUUAAGAACUUAAAAAGAUGCAUGAAACAAAAUUAUUUGCUAACCCGAGAUCACAGUGACUAUUUAACAUAGGACUCAGAAGUAAUCGCUUUAACUAGAUAACCAGUAAUCGCUUUAACUAGAUAACCAGUAAUCACUUUAACUAGAUAACCAGUAAUCACUUUAACUAGAUAACCGGUAAUCACUUUAAAUAGAUAACCAGUAAUCACUUUAACUAGAUAACCAGUAUUAUGAGUAAUCACUUAAAAGAAAUAACCAGUAAUUGGUUUUUUUAGUAAUCAGUUAGCAAUUUUGAUUAUCGAUAACAAUCAGUUGGCAUUAGUCAUAUAGUGAGACAGAAAUUUUAACAGCAACACAAAUUCUCAACCAACUUUUGAAGACCUGAUCAGUUUAAUGGCCGAUAAGGUGUUGUGAAUAUAUUAAAAACACAACCAUCAUCAUUUUGAAAUUGAAAUAAGUUCUGAUGUACAUUUUCAGUUUAUGCAAAGCACAUCUACAUUGUGAAAUUGAAAAAAAAAAUGCUGAAUACAAUCAAUGUUUAAUGUAUUUAAGUUAGUGUAUUAAGGACUCUAGCCAUGGGAGAUAACUCUAUCUGACUGGUAGGACUCUAGCCAUGGGAGAUAACUCUAUCUGACUGGUAAGACUCUAGCCAUGGGAGAUAACUCUAUCUGACUGGUUAACAGUAAAGUGUUAGAUGUCCGUCCCUUUAUCCCACAGGCUUUUGACCUUUGACCUGGGUGAUGAGUAUCUAGGGUGAGAGUGAUGAUUAUCAUGUGUAUAGACAUGUAGUCACUUGUUUACUAGUUACAUGUAUUAUUUUUAGGAACAAAUAAAACUAAUGUUAUACGAAA